AUGAAUUUGCCUGAGGAUAGUGUUUCCAACGGGCUUAAACACAAAGACAAAGCCCAAACUAUCCCGCCUCCCACCCCACCAGAGGUUAGGAAGUUUCGCAACUGUAACCAACCAGAACCAGGAGCUGUCAGAGUUCACAGAGGGAAGGCCAACGAUCCAGAGGUCGCCAGCUCCCUCGUUCACGGCAUCAGCACCAAAUCAUCCCUCACUAGUGGAAGUUUGUUAAAUCCCCUCCAAAAGACGCACGUCCAACAGAAGCUGCAGGAACUAAGCGAAUCAGUUUAUGCCUCAAGAAAGAAAGCGCCACUAGGUCGGUCACGUGACCAACGUGAACUUCCCACCUGGGUCAACGACAGAACUACAUUUGGUGUGAAAACGCUGAGAGAACUGGAUGCGUGUGAGAUUAUUAACCCUCCAAAAACAUCAGAGGAGUUGGAGAGGGAAACUCGGGAGGGACACGAUGCUUACAUUCGUAGUCACAAUGCCUAUUUUGUUGGUGAGCAAAUUGAUAGAAAGUAUGACGGGGGUAAAUACAGUAAAGACAGCAGGUUUGGGAUCCCGACACCACAUUUUACUGAUGGCCGUAAUCUUGGUAAAACUCUCCAAUGGAUCGGAGAGCCUAAGAAGUUUUCUAAUCCAAACUCUGUGUGGAGGAGGUCUGGAAACAAAGAAAAACUGGCACAACAAAUUGGCGAAGCUGUGAAGAUGAGAGAAAACGACUUGCAGCUCCCACCUGAACACACCUUUGGGAUGAUCUUGCCACCGGAACAGUUUGGAGCGGGGGAAAUAAUCCACUCCACAGAACCAGGACAAUAUGUGCGAGGCCCCGACAAGAUGCGCAGUCUGGUCAAUGCAGUGAGACACCACCUAAAACGCGUCAACUUCCACAACUUCCCCUCCCUGCUGAAGGCUUUCCAACAUUAUGACAAGAAAGGAAAGGGAACGAUCGACAAAGAGGACCUGCGGGACGCGUGCCGCCAGUUCCAGCUGGACGUGAGCGACGCGGUCCUGGAGGAGUUGAUGGACUACUGUGACACAGACAAGGAUGGACUCAUCAACUUCAUGGAGUUUGCCAACUUUCUCAACUGGAAGGACAUGAUGCCCAUCAACAGCCAGGAUCAAAGCGCUCUGACUAAAGAACCAUCCCAACAUCCUCCCUCUCAGGCCUUGAUUAGGCCCGAGGACCUGGAGCCUGUGGCCCCUGGCAGCUCCCUGAAGACCCUCAGGACCAUCAGGAAGCCCAAAGAAGCCUCGUAUCAUUUCGUGACCUCCUCCUCACUGAUCGGUUCUGUCGGUAAAGGGCCAAACGCAUCGAUAUCCGACACCAUAAACUACGGAGAUCUGUCUACGGCCUCGGAUCUGCUGCGUCCCUCCGUCUACGCCCGCCGGGGCAUCAAAGAAAUCUUUGGGAAGGUUGGCGUGAAUAUCUCUGAGGAGACCUUCGAAGAGGCCUGGAAGCUGGCGUCCAUGAAGCAGCCCAGCGGCCAGGUUUGUGUUCAGGUUUUCCGCGAGGUUCUCCGGGACAUUAAAGCCAUGUAA